AUGCGAGAGAAACCUUCAGAGUGGAAGAUACAUAAAAUUAAAUUUAAAAACAUUGUUUCAGUUGGCCGAAUAGAUUUUGAUGACCUGAAUUUUGAGCGUUCUAAAUAUAGCGCGUUUGGUGCAUAUUCCCAAAGUAAGUUAGCAAACAUCUUGUUUGCCAAAGAGCUUGCUAGACAAUUAGAAGAGAACGGCAUUGAUGGCGUGUCCACCUACAGUGUGCAUCCUGGUGUUGUUUCCACAGAACUCGGACGGCACUUAAACAAAACAUAUUUUACAGGCUUAUCAAAGGCAAUACGACUGUUAAUGGGUAGAUUCUUUAAAACCGCCGAAGAGGGUGCGCAAACUAUCGUCUACUGCGCACUCAGUGUUGAAGCUGGUAAAGAAACGGGUUUAUAUUAUUAUAAUUGUGAAACGGUGAAACCUGCUGGUGCAGCGGAGAAUAUGGAGGACGCAAAGAAACUCUGGGAAGAAAGCAUAAAGCUCGUAAAACUUGAAAAUUACAAUCCAUUUACUUCAUGUUGA